GUCGUUUGCUGUCAUCACAUCAACACAAAUGCGUGUUUGGUAUGGAUUGAAGAAUUAAAAUAAAUUCUGGUUGAAGUUGUACAACUUUCACGACAAUGGCUGCAGUUUUAAAGAAAAGAGCACUUGCGGAGUACAAUAAGUCAUUCCAGGAUGGGCCGCCUUCCAAAAAGCUUCAUUUGGUCAAGAAACCUCUAAUUGGCAGUUCUGCUGCUGCUUUUGUGGGGUUAUUAGAGAAAUGCAAGUCCAGUGAUGAAGCUUUGCAGCUCUUGCUGCGUAUAUCAGACUGCCUUCAGUUUCAGGAGUCUGAUGUCGAAGAGGCUAUUAAGAAACUGUCUGAACACUUUCAGUCAGAAGAAGAUUCGGUUGUGAGGGUCAAGAUUUUGUGGCUGUUUUGUGAUAUUGGUUUAGAGUGCCCGGGCGCCAACCUUAAUUAUUUGAUUGAUGAAACUAUUCAUUUGAUCAAGAAUGAGACAUCACAUAAGGUUAUAGCUCAAGGGAUAGCUACAUUGCUAAAGCUUGGCAACAAGUUGAGUGAAGACAAACUUCUUAUGAUGCGCUUAGUUGGUGUGGCCAAGGACAACCUCAAAGACACCAGUCACCAGGUGAAGUGCCGGUGCCUGCAGCUCAUCAGUGAACUGUACCCGAUAUAUCCUGAGAUUGAGAGGACCAUGGAGAUGGCGGCAGAGGCCAGCGCUAUUGUGAAGUUGCUGGGAGACUAUUCCAAUGCUGAUGAUGCAAGGGUACGUUGUGAGGCAUUCCAAUCCUUGCUGACACUUGCAGAGCGAGGGCAAACCCUCAGUGUUGAUCUUUAUCAGCAAGUGUGCCCCGCUCUCUCAGACGACUAUGAGAUUGUGCGCGAAGUGGCUCUGAAGUUAGUGUGGUUGCUGGGGAACAAGUAUCCAGAGCACUUGACAACUCUUCAAGACGGCGAGACGACACUACGCCUGGUGGACGACGCGUUCAUUCGCAUCUGCUCCGCGGUCAACGACCUGUGCAUGGCGGUGCGCGCGCUAGCGUGUUCGCUGCUGGGUGCCGCGCGCUUCGUGUCCGACCGGUUCCUGCUGCAAACGCUGGACAAGCAGCUCAUGAGUAAUAUGAAGAAGAAACGCACGGCCCACGAGCGCGGCGCGGAAUUAGUGCGGUCGGGCGCCUGGGCCAGCGGGCGGCGCUGGGCGGACGACGCGCCGGGACAACUAGUGGAGCAGGACGACGUGCAACUGCUGCCCGGCGGCGCGGCCGGCGCCUUCGUGCACGGGCUUGAGGACGAGCUCAUGGAGGUCCGCACAGCCGCCGUAGAAGCCGUAUGCCAGCUGUCUAUGGAAAACCCGGUGUUCGCGACCACAUCGCUAGACUUCCUGGUGGACAUGUUCAACGACGAGAUCGAGGACGUGCGCCUGCGCGCUAUAGACAGCCUCACGCGCAUCUCGCACCACAUCGUGCUGCGCGAGGACCAACUGGAGACCAUCCUGAGCGCUCUGGAGGAUUACUCAAUGGAUGUCAGGGAGGGGCUACACAGAAUGCUGGGCUCGUGUACAGUCGCCUCCAAAACUUGCUUGGAAAUGUGCAUUGACAAAAUUCUGGAAAAUCUCAAGAGAUACCCACAGGACAAGCGCUCGACAUUCCGCUGCGUGCAGCGGCUGGGCAGCUCGCACGCGACGCUGGUGCUGCCGCUGACGACGCGCCUGCUGGCCUGCCACCCCUUCUUCGACAUGCCCGAGCCCGACGUCGACGACCCGGCCUAUACUUGCGUACUAAUCCUGGUGCUCAACGCGGCGCAACACUGCACCACCAUGCUGCCGCUGUUCGAGGAGCACACCAUCAAGCACUACACCUACCUCCGCGACACCAUGCCGCACCUCGUGCCCAGCCUGCCCAUAGGAGAAGCGCAGCAAUUAAAUGGCGAAAAGAUGGAGCCCACAGACGACAGCGCAGUGCGGCGUUUCUUGGAUUCUGUACUACAGCACAUUGACAACGCCACGCUGUCCACCAGCGUGCGCCUUAAGAUGCUGCAGUCGGCCGAGGAGCAGCUCAACAAGCUAUCGGAGAUGGAGCCCAUGGUAUCGGGCGCGGCCAACUUCACGGCGUUGUUCGCGCGCGCCGUGCGCUAUCUACACGAGGCGCUCAACAACAGCCACGGGCCGCCCACGCACGCGCUCGCGCACCUCACCACCGACUGUCUCAGACUACAACACCAAUUCAGCGGCGUAACGGAACAAGAGAACGCGUGCGUCUGGCAACUUGCGCUACGCGUCUGCGCGGCGCGUUUAUACGCCGCUGCUAUGGGGACGCCGGUGGUGGGCGCCGGCGCCGUGGGGGCCACGGGGCCCAUGCUGGGCGCCGCCGCGGCCGCGCUGCAGGCCCUCGCCGCGCUUACGCACCACGCCGAACUGCUGGACAGGAUGCUGGCUGCGGCAACACGUAGAAUUUUGUCCAAUGACCCCAAGCUACCCGUAAUUAUGGUGGGCGCCGGCGCCGUGGGGGCCACGGGGCCCAUGCUGGGCGCCGCCGCGGCCGCGCUGCAGGCCCUCGCCGCGCUCACGCACCACGCCGAACUGCUGGACAGGAUGCUGGCUGCGGCAACUACACGUAAUUAUGUUGCUAUCGCGCUCCGCGUCUGCGCGGCGCGGUUAUACGCCGCUGCUAUGGGGACGCCGGUGGUGGGCGCCGGCGCCGUGGGGGCCACGGGGCCCAUGCUGGGCGCCGCCGCGGCCGCGCUGCAGGCCCUCGCUGCGCUUACGCACCACGCCGAACUGCUGGACAGGAUGCUGGCUGCGGCAAGCGUGGAGCCGGACCCGUUCACGAUCGCGGUGUUCCAGCAGCUGUCGAUGAGCGCCGACAACAAGCCCGGCGCCCUGGCCCGCGCGCUCAUGCCGCUGCUGCAGGCCGCGCCGCUGCCCGCCAUCCCCAAGCCCAACCUCAAGAUCCGAAUGUGCACAGCGACAAUAAUCGAGCCGGCCAGCGACAACGACACGGUGCUGCGCUUCUCUGCCGGGCUCGUGACCAGCGUCGCGCUAGAAGCGGAGGUGACGCGCGUGCGCGAGCCCGGGGCCCUGCGCGUGCGCGUCGUGUACCCCGACCGUCGCGCGCACGCGUUGCAGCCGCCGCGGGACCACUUGCGACCGCUCGACCAUAACCAUAUUACGCUUCUCUGCCGGGCUCGUGACCUGACCAGUGUCGCGUUGGAAGCGGAGGUGACGCGCGUGCGCGAGCCCGGAGCCCUGCGCGUGCGCGUCGUGUACCCCGACCGUCGCGCGCACGCGUUGCAACCGCCGCGUGACCACUUGCGUCCGCUCGACCACAACCAUAUCAGUGAGUACCCUAGCCCGCCUACUGUAAACGAGCCCACGGUGCUGCGCUUCUCUGCCGGGCUCGUGACCAGCGUCGCAUUAGAAGCGGAGGUGACGCGCGUGCGCGAGCCCGGAGCACUACGCGUGCGCGUCGUGUACCCCGACCGUCGCGCGCACGCGUUGCAGCCGCCGCGGGACCACUUGCGACCGCUCGACCACAACCAUAUCAGUGAGUACCCUAGCCCGCCCACUGUGCACGAGGCGUGUACCCUUACCGCCGUCGCGUUGGAAGCGGAGGUGACGCGCGUGCGCGAGCCCGGCGCGCUGCGCGUGCGCGUCGUGUACCCCGACCGUCGCGCGCACGCGUUGCAGCCACCGCGGGAUCACUUGCGUCCACUGGACCACAACCAUAUCAGUGAGUACCCUAGCCCGCCCACUGUGCUCGAGCCCACGGUGCUGCGCUUCUCUGCCGGGCUCGUGACCAGCGUCGCGUUAGAAGCGGAGGUGACGCGCGUGCGCGAGCCCGGAGCGCUGCGCGUGCGCGUCGUGUACCCCGACCGUCGCGCGCACGCGUUGCAGCCGCCGCGGGAUCACUUGCGACCGCUCGACCACAACCAUAUCAGUGAGUACCCUAGCCCGCCCACUGUGCACGAGCCCACGGUGCUGCGCUUCUUUGCCGGGCUCGUGACCAGCGUCGCGCUAGAAGCGGAGGUGACGCGCGUGCGCGAGCCCGGCGCGCUGCGCGUGCGCGUCGUGUACCCCGACCGUCGCGCGCACGCGUUGCAGCCGCCGCGGGAUCACUUGCGACCGCUCGACCACAACCAUAUCAGUGAGUACCCUAGCCCGCCCACUGUGCACGAGCGCUUCUCCGCCGGGCUCGUGACCAUUGUCGCGUUGAAGGCCGAGGUGACCAUCUGCGUCCGCUCGACCACAAUCAUAUCACCCACGGUGCUGCGCUUCUUUGCCGGGCUCGUGACCAGCGUCGCGCUAGAAGCGGAGGUGACGCGCGUGCGCGAGCCCGGCGCGCUGCGCGUGCGCGUCGUGUACCCCGACCGUCGCGCGCACGCGUUGCAGCCGCCGCGGGAUCACUUGCGACCGCUGGACCACAACCAUAUCAACGAAGACGGCACCCACAACGUCCGGCUUCUCACCAAGGUGCUAAUCUCGCACGGCGUGUGGACGGAGCCGUGUGGCGUGGACUUGACCGUAUGCUUAGCCGUCGAGGAGGGCGGAGGCCGCGAGCCCGCGCCGCUCGUGGAACUGUGUCGACCUGUGCGCGUCACCGUCGCCCCCAAGCCGAUCAAACGGGGCAUUUAAAGGGAAGAUGGGCUACAGAUGAUAAGAGCACAAAGAAGAAUGUUCAUUCAAGCCGAUCGGAGCGUAACCCCUGGGCGUAACUCGAAGAUUCGCGCUGUUAGUAGUCUAAGUAUCGCGUAUACUUCUGUGCUUUUAUGCAUAGUAGUAAAACUUUGCUCCGGUGUCAAAUCAUUCGUCCGAAUAUUAUCGCGAUGUAUGUGGCCCAGGGGUAAGGGAUAAACAUAAGGAAAGAGAAUCGAAAAGAAGCAUUUAGAAAGAUGAGGAAAUGUGGAAUGCUUGACUGUAGUUGAUUCGAAGGACAAACAAGACAGCAAUUAUUAAGGACAUAGUUUGUUCCAUAGGUUUUAUCUUUACUUUAAAUUGGUGACAUAAUGAUAAGAGAUAAAUGUACAUAAUUAUAGUUUUAUUAUAUUAGGAAUGGAGAUGACUAAAUAAAUCAACCACUUAAUAUAGCAAA